AGAUGUUGUAUGCAUGCCCAAUCACAGCUAGAUGAAAUAAUCAGCAUCAAAUGUGAAAUUUAAUGGGAAAUCAGUAAAUUAUUUGCCAGAUCAGCUGCCAAAUCAGAAAAUUAUUUACCGGGCUCUCCUAUAUAAACGCUCCCUCACACCAUUUCACCAACAUCUGCUUCAAACCCUUCAAGUGUCCCCCCACCAAGCAUACCAUGGUGCUCACCAUGACCACCGGCCAAGAAGACUCCCUCCUCCUCCUCCUUCCGACCACCUCCCCACAGACGCUCCUCCUCGCCUUCCUCGCCCUCGCUGCCGUCCUCCUGUGGCUCUCUCCCGGCGGUCCUGCGUGGGCUCUCUCCCGCUGCUGCCGGCCGCCAGCCGGUCCAGCGGGCGUGGUCACCGCGCUCUCGAGCCCCGUGGCGCACCGCACGCUGGCAGCGCUGUCCAGCGCCGUCGAUGGCGGCGUGGCAUUGAUGUCCUUCUCGGUCGGCCUCACCCGCCUCGUCGUGGCGAGUCAACCCGACACGGCGCGCGAGAUCCUUGUCAGCCCUGCAUUCGGCGACCGCCCCGUCAAGGACGCGGCGCGCCACCUCCUCUUCCACCGCGCCAUGGGCUUCGCCCCGUCCGGCGACGCGCACUGGCGCGGGCUCCGCCGUCUCGCCGCCACACACCUCUUCGGCCCACGCUGCGUGGCGGGGUCCGCGCACCACCGCACCUCCAUCGGCGCGCGCAUGGUCUCCGACGUCGCCGCCCUGAUGGGCUGCAAAGGCGAGGUCUCCCUACGGCGCGUCCUGCACGGGGCGUCUCUGAACCACAUCAUGGCCACCGUCUUCGGCAAGCACUACGACGACUUCACGAGCCAAGAGGGAGCCUUGCUGGAGGAGAUGGUGACCGAGGGCUACGACCUCCUGGGGACGUUCAACUGGGCCGAUCACCUGCCAUUGCUCAAGUGGCUCGACCUCCAGGGCGUGCGGCACCGGUGCAACAGGUUAGUCCGAAAGGUGGAAGUGUUCGUUGGAAAGAUCAUUCAGGAGCACAAGGAGAGACGCGCCAGUGGAGGCGUCGCUGAUGAGUUCAUGGGUGACUUCGUCGACGUCCUUCUUGGCCUCGAGGGAGAAGAGAAGAUGUCAGAUUCCGACAUGAUAGCUGUUCUUUGGGAGAUGAUCUUUAGAGGUGCGGACACAGUGGCGAUCUUGAUGGAGUGGAUAAUGGCGAGGAUGGUGCUGCACCCGGACAUCCAGGCGAAGGCGCAGGCGGAGCUGGACGCCGUCGUGGGCCGCAGCCGCGGCGUGGCCGACGCUGACGUGGUCAACCUCCCCUACAUCCGGUGUAUCGUGAAGGAGACGCUGCGCAUGCACCCGCCGGGCCCGCUCCUCUCGUGGGCGCGCCUCGCCGUGCACGACGCGCACGUCGGCGGCCACCUCGUCCCCGCCGGCACGACGGCGAUGGUGAACAUGUGGGCCAUUGCGCACGACGCCGCCAUCUGGCCCGAGCCGGAGGCGUUCCGCCCGGAGCGCUUCCAGGAGGAGGACGUCAGCGUGCUCGGGAGCGACCUCCGCCUGGCGCCGUUCGGCGCCGGCCGCCGCGUCUGCCCCGGCAAGAUGCUUGCUCUCGCCACCACCCACCUCUGGCUCGCGCAGCUGCUGCACCACUUCGAGUGGGCGCCCGCGGCGGGGGGCGUCGACCUGUCGGAGCGCUUGAACAUGUCGCUGGAGAUGGCGACCCAGCUGGUGUGCAAGGCCGCCGUUAGGGGGCUAGCUACACCUCGAGGCUUGCUUCAUUAACAAUGUCCGUGUGUUAAACCUCCAUGCAUGGCCGCUUCGUCUUCUCGAAGUGGGGCAUGCAUGCUGGGGUCAAAUUUUAUUCAUGUGUCCACGCAUGUCUCAGCUCUUGGUUUGGCUUGCUACAACGAGUUCUGUUUUUGUUCGAGUGUCUUUCUGUGAUGAGUUCUUUGUGGUCGGAGUGUUGGUGCUCUUCA